AUAAUAAUAAUUUUAUUUGUAUAGCACUUAGAGCUAGGAGCACAAAGUGCUUUCCAUAGACAGCAUAAAAAAGACCAUCACAAAUAUAAGAAGAAAAAACAAGAACAGCAAAAUACAACACACAAUUAAAAGACCAUAUAAAAUAUAUUUACAAAUAAAUCAUCCAAGAGAGAGAAGUAGAAAACAACUACUAAAAUGAAGUUAAAAACAGGUGGUGGCACAACAGAGCUGUAUUAUGUAAACAAAUAUAAGUAGUUGACAGGCAAAAAGGCAAGUCUGUAAAAUUGUAUCUUAAGACAGGAUUUAAAAGCAGAAACAGUGUCAGCAGAUCGAAUACUGACUGGAAGACUGUUCCAAAGCUGAGAAGCCAGUACAGAAAACUGUCGAUCACCCUUUGAUCUUAACCUGGACACCGGAACAGCUAGCAGGCCUAAACCAGCAGAUCUGAGAGGCCUUUGUGGACACUGACAGUGAAGAAGUUCAAGGAGCACAUAGCAUCAUCAGUGGAGAUCCCAAUAGACAAGCAGAGGCUCAUCUACCAGGGCAGAGUGCUGCAGGAUGACAGAACGCUGACUGAAUACAAUGUAGAUGGGAAGGUAAUCCACCUGGUGGAGCGUGCCCCACCUCAGGCCACCAUGUUCGGUUCUGGGGGUGUGGGUGUCUCCACCGGGAGGGCAGAGGGCGGAAGCAGCAGCAGCAGCCACACCUCCACCUCCUCCCAGGGUGCACCACAUGACCGCAACGGCAACAGCUACGUGAUGCUGGGGACCUUCAACCUGCCCGUCAGCAUCAUGGACCCCCAGCAGAUACAGAUGUCUGUCCAGCAGAUGAUGGCUGGAGUUGGUGAAGCUGGAAGGAAUGCCAGGGUCAGCUCCACCUCUGGGAACAAUGGCUCGGUGGACGAACAGAUCAACUUGGACCAGUCGGUGCAGAGUGAGGCCAGGAUGAGGCUACAGCUGGCUGAGAACCUGCUCAGAGACACUUGCUCUCUGAUCCACAGGCUGGAGGGAGUGUCCAGUGACAGUAGCUCCCAUUCACAGCCAGAGGUACCUCAGUCCUCUUCUUCCACGCUGCCAUCUUCCGCUUUUUUUAGAGGGGCUGUAGCAUCACAACCCAUGGACGCCAGCUCUCCUCUUCCUCCAUCCUCCUCCACCUCCACCCAGACUGAGGGACCAGCCAACACUGGGCCCAGUCACCCGAGUCCAGCAGAGUUUGUGGAGGUUCUCUCUGAGGUCAGGAGAGUGGAAGAGAGGUUACGUCCCUUCCUAGAGAGGACCCACUCAAUUCUCGGAGCAGCCACUUCAGCAGACUACAACAACAAUACCCAGGAAAGAGAGGAGGAUCAACGCAUUCUCACCCUGGUCGGAGAUGCUCUGCGUCUCCUUGGCAACACCUUAGUUGUCCUCGGUGACCUACGUUGUAACCUGGCGACCUCUCCUCCACGUCACCUGUAUGUGGUUCGCCCCAUGGUCCACUACACCCACCCUGUCCUGCUCCAGGCUGGUCUACCACACAUGCCCAUUCCAAUAAACUUAGGGACAACAGUGACCAUGACAUGUAAUGGAAGACAGGCUGCUGAAGGACAACGCCAGCCCUCUCAGGGCGUUGGCCAAUCAGAUCAGCAGGCUACAGGCCAGGCUCCACCUCUUCAGUCAAAUCGGACCACUCAUCAACAAGGACAGGGAGGACCCCGAGUGAUCCGGAUCAACCACCAGACCAUGGAGCCUGUAGUCAUGAUGCAGAUGAAUAUUGAUGGUGAGUCAGCUGCUGGGUCUCAGGUUCCAGGCCAGUCUAAUGCUGCAGGUCCUGGACAGCUUGGAGUGACACCUGUCCACUUCCCAGGACUGCCUCCUGAGUUCAUGCAGGGCAUUGUGCACCAGAUCUCCCACCAAGCCGCUGUCAUGGCCGCUGCAGCCUCAGCAACCUCAGCAGGCCACUCAGCACAGAUGGUGUCUGGCCCUGGCUCCACACCCAGCGCUGAGGGAACUGCUUCGCCACAGCCCCCCCACCCUACUCAGGCCAGGGUUGUCAUCACCAGACCAUCCUUUUGCCCCCGCAUCCCUCAGCCUGUGGGAACCAGGGGAACCACCAUCAACCUGAGGGCCACAGUACCCACAGCUAGCCAGCAGCCAGGACAGGGCACACCUCUGGCUCCCUCGUCCCUCACCCAGAUGAUCAGUGGUCUGGUUGGACAGCUCCUGAUACCAGUGCAGCCAGGUGAUCGCAUGUCCACAUCCUCUUCGAGCAGUUCUCAGUCCUCCUUUUCUACUUCUUCGUCUGAUUCCUCCACCACCUCUCCUCCCCCUCCUUCUGCCAACACGUCUGGACAGACAUCCACCCACACCACCAGCACUUCCACCAUGGGUCAGCCAGCAGAGGGCAGUCCUGAGGGAAAUCUGGUCCAGCUCCUGGGCUCACUGCUGGGAGGUGGCCCGGGGGGUCCUGCCUCUGGACCAGCUCCCUCCAUCACUGUGACACUGCCGGGGGUCUUCCAGGGCAUGUCAGACUUUGCACCACUACCUGCCAGUGGCCCUGGUGCCCCAGUGCCCCCUCAAUCCAUCGGUCCGGCUCCGCCUCAGGCCCACAGCAGUGCAGGUCGAGACUCUCUGAGCCCGGACCUGUUUACCGGCAUCGUGCAAGGAGUGCUGUCAACUAUGAUGAGCUCUCUGGGGGCACAGCAGGGAAACGGAGAGAGCAUUGCCCAGUUCAUCCAGAGACUGUCCCAGACCAGCAACCUGUUCACCCCUAGCUCUGGAGAUGCUGUGGGGUUCUUUGGUGACCUGCUGUCCCUGGUGUGUCAGAGCUUCUCCAUGGUGGACAUGGUGCUGUUGCUUCACGGGAACGCCCAGCCUCUGAGCCGCAUCCAGCCCCAGCUCACUGACUUCUUCACUGAACACUAUCUCCAGGGCAGAGAGCCCACUGAUGCUAACAUAGCUACAGCAGCUGAGGACCUCAUCCACAGACUGGAGGAGUACAUAGCUGAGAGCUUUGCCUCCGUGACAGUGCGAGAGGGAGUGGACAUCAUUCAGACCAACCUAUCUUUCCUCAGACAGCAGUUCACACAGAUGGCCUCUCAUAUCCUGCACUGCAACGAUCACACGUUUGGCCCCCGUCUUCUGUUGCUGUGCACUCAGGGCCUGUUUGAGUGUCUGGCUCUAAACCUGUACUGCCUCGGAGGAGAACAGAGAGCUCUGACUGCAGUCAUCAACCACCGCAUUAGGAGGAUGUCUGCAGAAGUCAAUCCCAGUCUGGUCAACUGGCUGACCAGUAUGAUGUCUAUGAGGCUGCAUGUCAUUCUGGAACACAACCCAGUUACUGAGGACCAAAUCCAGCAGUACGUCAUCUAUACACAGAUGGAGGAGAGAUUGUCUCCAGCUCCAGCAACCACAGCAGAGGAGGCCAUGGCUUCAUCAGGUGACAUUGGAGAGAGCACUUCCUCAUCAGAGGACACUCAGUGUCCUGCUGGGGCCCCAGCAGGACGGGAGGAGGCGGCCCCUGAGGUGGAGCAAUGGACAACAGCUGUUCCACCUGAAUGGGUUCCCAUCAUCAGACAUGACAUGCUGUCUCAGAGGAAGAUCAAAGCCCAGCCGCCGCUGUCUGACGCCUACCAGCAUGGGAUGCCUGCCAAGAGGAGGAAGACGACCCAGUGUGAAGGACCACACCUGUCCCUGUCAGACGCAGUGAGUCGCGCUGCUCGUGCUGCAGGAGUCCUGCCUGUCACCGCCCAUCACAGCCUGCAGGUGGAGCUGGAGAGGCCAGAGCUGCAGGAAGCAUACACCAAACAAGUGAAGAGUGACAUCAAAGAGCGAGUGAGAGACAAUCCAGACUACAACACCAAGAGAUUCCCUAACACACACCGAGCUUUCUCUAUAGAAGACUCCUAAUCAUACACAGGCCUGUGCACAGGAACAAGGCCAGGUCCACAACAGGAUCUGUACACACUACCUGCAGCAUGGAACUCUGGUUCAUGUAGUUUUUUAACACAGCGUUGUAAACAUGGCCUGAAAGGAUGAGAGCUACUGACUUCACUGAAUGUUCACUGUUAGGAAAAAAGAAUAGACAAUUUAAUUGUACUGUUUUGAGAAAAAGUUCUGAUAAAGUCGUAAUACUAUGAGAACAAAGUUGGAAUGUUUAAAAAAAAAAACAAUAUGAGAAAAGUUGUAAUGUUGCAAAGACAAACGUAAUAUGAGAAUAAAGUCAUAAAGUUGCAAAGAAAAAAGUUAAUGUGAGAAAAGUCGUAAUGUUGCGAAAAACAAGUGAUCCUGUGAGAACAAAGUUGUAAUGUUGCGCAGACAAAAGUCGGAAUAUUAUGAGAAUAAAGGAAUGAGAUAAACUUGAAAUUUUGAAAAAAGUCACAAUAUUUCAAGAAUAAAGUCAUAAUAUUAUGACAAAUAUUUAUUGUCUGUCGUAGUGAAGUAAUAGGGACACUUCAAAAAACACACUGUCAAAACUAAAGUGUUUUGCAAGGAAAAAUAGCUAUACAUACGUACAAUAUAUGAAACUGCUAAAAACAUGCACAUGCAAUGUAAUCUAUCCAGUGUAAUCAUGAAAUUUGGUGGUCUUUGCUACCUUUUUCUUGAAAUACUAUGACUGUAUUGUCAUAUUAUGACUUUUUCUCGUAAAAGUUUGACUUUCUCAUUUCAAGCUGACUUUUUUCUCAAAAUAUUAUGACUUUGUGCUCAAAAUGUUAGAUUUUUGGUUCCCAACAGUGGUCCUGAUACUCUGUCAUACUGAGCAGUUCUCUCCUAUGGUGCAGAUGUAGUUGCAUUAUAUAUCUGUAUAAGGCAAAACUGUAAAUGAGCGCAAAUUAUACAUAGUAAAAGGGCAGUGAUGUCAUAGAGCUUUGUCAGUGUCAAUCAGUUCAUGUUUGUAUUUUAGGGCAUUAUCUUUAUCAUUGACACUGGUGUCUGCUUAAACAGGAUACCUCAGUGAUGUGGUCUUUAACCAUGUGUUCAACUGCAGUAUAACAAUCUGCCACAGCCUGAUCAGGCCAUGGUGAUGGCAGAAGUGUGUGGUGUGGUCUGAAGCACAGCUGCAGUCAGUAGAGGUUUGUCAAACUGUGAAUGGUUACUCUGUGCUUGUUAACUUCACUGAAAUAAAUUAACCUAUAUUCAAUAUCAA